ACAGUGGGAUGUGCAGUAAGGCUGCUAGUCAGCUUUUCGUUUUAAGAGGAAACCCCCGACGCGUUGGUUAUUAUCGUCCACUGACUGACAUAACGCAAGGUUACGCUACUCUACGCAUCGCUGGAAGUUGGAACCCCGUCGCUCGUUCUAUUCGGUAAACACACACACCUGAUACAAAACGUUGUAAAGGUGCAUAAGCCAUAGAAUAACGAGCGGUGACAAUUAUUUAUUUAUUUUAAUCGACGUUGAUGUCUCUUUUUUUAUCCGUAGGAGUUGUUAUUUUUUAUUAUAUUGAAUCGAGAGCUAAUCGAGAAGACAAAAUGGCUGAGAUGGGUAUGGGGAAGGGGGUUACUGCGGGGAAACUCGCUAGUAACGUGCAGAAGAAAUUAACACGGGCCCAAGAGAAGGUUAUGCAGAAGCUGGGGAAAGCGGACGAGACCAGAGAUGUUGCGUUUGAGGAAGGAGUUAUCAACUUCAACAAACAAUAUACAGAGGGUUCCAAACUGCAAAAAGACCUAAGGGUCUACCUGGCUGCAGUACAAACGAUGCACGAAUCCUCCAAGAACCUUAAGGAGUGUCUGUCUGACAUGUACGAGCCGGAGUGGUACGGCAAAGAUGAUGUGGACUGCAUCGUCGAGGACACUGACGUUCUGUGGACAGACUUCCAUCAGAAGCUUGUGGAUAAUGCUUUGAUAUCCAUGGACACAUACCUGGGGCAGUUCCCUGAUAUAAAGUCUCGUAUUGCUAAGCGUGACAGGAAGCUUGUGGACUAUGACAGCGCCAGACACAACCAGUCUUCUACCAAUAAGGGGAAGAAAGGAAAGGACGGGGGCAUCAAGAUCACCAAGCCAGUGUCUCUGUUAGAGAGGGCCACUCCAGUUUGGGCUCAGGGCAUCCUGUCAGCCCACAACAUUGCUCAGAGUAACCUCUCGAGGAACCAGGCGGAGGAUGAGUUGGAGAGAGCUCAGAAGGUGUUUGACGAGAUUAAUGAAGAUCUUCAGGAGGAACUGCCCUCACUAUGGAACAGUCGUGUUGGCUUCUACGUUAGCACCUUCCAGAGUAUGGCUGGCUUUGAGGAGAAGUUCCACAAGGAGAUGGGGAAGCUGGACCAGAAUCUGUACGAUGUUCUUGUCAAACUGGAGAGACAGGACAUGUGCGGUGAGCUCCCCAGAGGAGCAAGUCUAGCCAAUCACACUCUGAGUCCAGGCGGACCGCCUCCCAUCCCUAAGUCCCCCUCCAAGCUGAGACCAGCGAUGCCGCCGCGGCCUGAAUCCAGCCCCUGUCGGGACAUGAAACCAGAAAACAUCAUUAACCUGUUUGAUGCUGCUGCUGCUCCAAACAUCAGUGUUACUUCCCCAACACAGUUUGACAGCCCUGCAGGGGCCAACCUGUUGGACAUGGACCUGACCACCCUGGCUGCACCAAGUCAUGGUGGCACAGCCGUGUCCUCGGCCUCUCAGGCGAUAUCGUGGGACACAUGGGAGCCUGAGGAAACUCCUGCUCCACCAGAGGAGCCCCAGGGCUGGGAUGAUGACGGUACCCUGCCGGUGCGUGCUGCUGGCUGGGAUGAUGACGGUACCCUGCCGGUGCGUGCUGCUGGCUGGGAUGAUGACGGUACCCUGCCGGUGCGUGCUGCUGGCUUUGGGGAUGACGUUAUAUCUGCCGCCACGGCAGGCUGGGAUGACGAUGGCUCUCUGCCUGUGAGGGUGGAUGACUCCUGGGGGGACGAUGGUGUUGCCGAUGCCGCUGCUUCCGCUGCCGUGGCCGAGUCUGAGGCUGCUGGCUGGGAUGAUGAGGAGGAGGAGGGGAUGCCCCAGGCUGACACGCCCACAGCAGCUGCUGAAGCACAUACACCGACAGCCACAGCAGCAGAGGAGACUCCUGCUAUCACAACAGUAGCGACCAAUGGGACUUCAGAGGUAGAGAUGCCUCCAGGAUUCCUCUUUAAAGUGACCACCAUGCAUGACUAUGCAGCUAAUGACUCGGAUGAGCUGGAGAUGAAGGCUGGAGACAUAGUGCUGGUUGUGGCCUUCGACAACCCAGAAGAACAGGAUGAGGGCUGGCUGAUGGGAAUGAAGGAGGGAGACUGGAUCCAGAAUAAAGAGAGCGCUGUCAAAGGGGUGUUCCCUGAGAACUUUACCUCCAGGCUGUGAGAGAGGAGACACUUCCUCUCCUACUUUGUCCACUCUCUCUUCCACAAGAUCCUCUCUUCUCUGACCUCUCUCUCUGACCUCUCUCUCUUCCCUCUCUCUCUCUGACCUCUCUCUUUUCACUCUCUCUUC